UUCCUGACCUAUACAGUCAGGCUGCUGAAGCACUUAGGUGUGCCAGCUUGGCCUCCAGGCCAUGGACCAGAUACAAGAAGGCGUGGAAGAGGUAUAAAGAGAGAUAACUAUGUCAACUCAUGUUCAGACUUGACGCAGAUGCUUUUCCUCAACAGCAAAAGAUGGCGUAUUCCACCAGCACACUUGCACAGGGCUGUUUCGGGAAGGUGUACAAGCAGAAAUACAAUGAUACCUGGGCUGCUAUAAAGAAGGUCCCCCACCAGCUCAUCAAUAGGAAGGACCUGGAGAGAGAGUGUGAAGUGUACAACAAAGCAAAUCAUCCCAACAUAGUGAAGCUUCUGGGCAACAUAACUCUUGCAGAUGGAAAAUGGAUAAUUCCUCUAGAGUUUAUCUUUGGAGAGGACUUAGAGACCACCAUCUUCAAAGCAUCAAAGUCUAAAAUACAGUUGACUCAAUCUAAUAAAGGCACCAUCAUCAUCGGCAUGUGUGAAGGGCUGCUUCACCUCCACUCCAGAGAUAUUGUCCAUCAGGACCUCAAGCCUGAAAACAUCAUGGUGGAGCAUAACACAAAUAGAGCCGUCAUCAUCGACCUGGGACUGGCCAAGUUCUUCAGACAUGGUCUCAACUCUGCCAUUGACAUGGGGAACGAGGCCUACUCAGCACCCGAAGUGCUGCAGAGGACCAGCCAGCGGGACCAACGCUCAGAUGUGUGGGCUAUGGGUAAGAUCAUCGCUGAGCUUUGUGCCCGGGUCCGGCUGUACACGCCCAGCGUCUGUCCCGCCAAGAUCAUGGAGACCCUGAAGGAUCAGCCGUACUGCCACGCUGUGUGUAGGAUGGUGGAGAACAACCCUUCCCUGAGGGCCUCCAUGGGUGGGGUAAUCAGUGAGAUACGAAGAGCCGGAGGUGCAGGCAUCGUCAUUGAUAAACCUGUUAAAACAGAACACCUUAAACCACCUUCAUCCCACAUUAAUGUCACAAACCGGUCUCCAUCUCCAAUGAACAGAGGUGCAUCUCCAGUGAACAGGGAUCCAUCACCAUUUAACAGAGAUCCGUCACCAAUGAACAAAGCUCCAUCACCGUUUAACAGAGAUCCAUCACCAAUGAACAGAGCUCCAUCACCGUUUAACAGAGAUCUGUCACCAAUGAACAGAGCUCCAUCACCGUUUAACAGAGAUCCGUCACCCCUUAAUAGGUCUCCAUCACCGCUGAAAUGGGAGCGUUCACCAAGACCAGAACUCAAAGGAUUGCUUCCUCAAGCCAGACUGCACCACUCUCCUUCCCCUCAGAAGACAGAGGAUAAAAACAAAAACCAGGCUCUGGUCCCGACAGGCGGAGCCGACCUUACCAGAGACUUCAUGAAAAUGAGAUUGUACGAAGAGGCUGCCAAGGAUAUGCCCUGCAACCUGCCCACAACAGGGAGGGUGGUGGUGCGGCGCUUUGAGGAGAAAAAUGGGGAGGUAGAAAAAUGGGAGCAGAAGGAGGUGGUGACACGUGAUGGGAAGAUAGUCAAGUAUGAUGAUGUCAAGUUUAAUAGCAAGUAGUAGUAGAAUGAGAGUUUUGUCUCCUCAAAACGGACUGCAUGUGCUGGUUAAACUGGUUAGUUCAGGGUCCACUUUUGGUAUCUUCUUAGGAGAAAAUAAAAUGUAUUUCCAUUGAACUAAGGAGUAAACUGAGAUUCAGCUACAGUAGGCACCUAUUUCUACAGAUAAAAUGGACUUAACAACAACCUUUUACAAUCUUUCCGGCUGGAAGUUUUAAGCUUUAAUAAGAAGAUAUCUUGAAAAGGUUUUGGUUGUGCUGUAAUAUGAUAUUCAAGCAUGUAAGCAAUUGGAUUGAUCUUCCCCAUAAACUUAAGUAGCAAUGACUUCAUGAGCUUCUUCUAUAAUAAAAUUAUUACUAUUAGAGAAAAAAUUAAUCACCAACUGCCAUCAACAGUUAUCAGUGGCUCUCCAAGUUCAGGGACUUCUGUCAAUGUAAACUUAGAUGUAUAUUUAGACUGUUUUUCUGCUAUCGAUCUUCAUCAGUUAACUUCAAUCAUUUCUUCAUCGAAGCCAUCAACCUGUCUGUUAGACCCGAUCCCAACUAGGCUGCUUAAAGAAGUUGUUCCCUUAAUUGGCACUUCUUUACUGGAUAUGAUUAAUCUUUCUUUAUUAUCAGGAUAUGUACCACAGUCCUUUAAAGUAGCUGUAAUUAAACCCCCUUCUUAAAAAGUCUACUCUUGACCCAGGGGUUUUAGCCAACUAUAGACCGAUUUCUAACCUCCCGUUCCUCUCUAAGAUUCUGGAGAAAGUAGUCGCCAAAGAGUUGUGUGACUUUCUACAUAACAAUAGUUUAUUUGAGGAUUUUCAGUCAGGAUUUAGAGUUCAUCAUAGCACAGAGACAGCUCUGGUUAAAGUUAAUAAUGACCUUCUGACUGCUUCUGACAAUGGACUUGUCUCUGUACUUGUAUUAUUAGAUCUUAGUGCUGCAUUUGACACCAUUGACCAUGAUAUUCUUUUACAGAGACUUGAGCAUCAAAUUGGCAUUAAAGGAACUGCCCUAACCUGGUUUAAGUCAUACUUAUCAGAUCGUACUCAGUUUGUACAUGUUAACGAUGAAUCCUCCAUAAAUACUAAAGUUAGUCAUGGAGUUCCACAAGGUUCUGUACUUGGACCAAUACUAUUUACUUUAUAUAUGCUCCCUUUAGGCAACAUUAUUAGGAAUCACUCCAUUAACUUUCACUGUUAUGCAGAUGAUACGCAGUUAUAUCUAUCAAUCAAACCCAAUGAAAUUAAUCAAUUAUCUAAAUUACAAACAUGUCUUAAGGACAUAAAAUCCUGGAUGACCUGCAAUUUUCUGAUGUUAAACUCAGAAAAAACCGAAAUUCUUGUUCUUGGCCCCAAAAACCUUAGAGACUCAUUGUCUAAAGAUAUAGUCACUCUAGAUGGCAUUAACUUGGCCUCUAGCACCACUGUCAGGAAUCUUGGAGUUCUCUUUGAUCAGGAUUUGUCAUUUAACUCCCACAUAAAGCAGACCUCUAGGACUGCCUUCUUUCAUUUACGUAAUAUUAGAAAAAUUAGACACAUACUAUCACAGACAGAUGCAGAAAAACUAAUCCAUGCAUUUGUUACUUCAAGGCUGGAUUACUGCAACUCUUUAUUAUCAGGUUGCCCCAAUAAGUCCAUUAAAACGCUCCAAUUAAUUCAGAACGCUGCAGCACGAGUACUGACAGGAACUAGAAAAAGAGAUCACAUCUCUCCUGUACUAGCUACUCUGCAUUGGCUCCCUAUAAAAUGUAGAAUUGAAUUUAAAAUACUCCUCCUCACCUAUAAAGCUCUUCAUGGUCAGGCCCCUUCAUAUCUUAAAGAGCUCAUAGUACCCUAUUACCCCACUAGAACACUACGUUCUCUGAAUGCUGGGCUACUUGUGGUUCCUAUAGUCUCUAAAAAGUAGAACAGGAGCCAGAGCCUUCAGUUACCAAGCUCCUCUCCUGUGGAACCGGCUUCCAGUUGUGGUUCGGGAGGCAGACACCCUCACCACUUUCAAGAGUAGGCUUAAGACAUUCCUCUUUGAUAAAGCUUAUAGUUAGGGCUGGAUCAGGUGAGUCCUGAACCAUCCCUUAGUUAUGCUGCUAUAGGCCUAGACUAUCGGGGGAUUUCCCAUGGUGCACUGAGCUACUCUCUUCCUCUCUCUUUCUGCACUCAUUCAUGUCCCUUUAAUGCAUGUUACUAACUCCACUUCUUCCCCGGAGUUCUUGUGCUUUCUCGUCUCGCAGGUUCUCAUGGAUCCUGGUGGAGCCUCCUGCCAUGGUCCUGCUUGACUGCCAUUGCCAAUACUGUUGUUGCUGUGCACCUGUCUGUCUGUCUGUCGCUCUCUCUCUCUCUCUCUCUCUCUCUCUCUCUCUCUCUCUCACCCCAACUGGUCGAGACAGACGACCACCCACCUAGAGCCGGAGGAUCUGUCCUAGGUUUCUGCCUUUUAACAGGCAGUUUUUCCUUGCCCUUGUCGCCAAGUGCUUGCUCAUGGUGGUACUGUUGGGUCUCUGUAAUUAAUGUUAAAGAGUUCGGUCUAGACCUGCUCUAUUUGAAAAGUGUCCUGAGAUAACUUCUGUUAUGAAUUGGCGCUAUACAAAUAAAAUUGAAUUGAAAAAUUGAAUUGAAUUCUAAUUUUCUUGCCACAAAAAAAAUAUCUGUAGGCAUUAACAGCCAUCAGUGAAUGUUUUUCAGCAUUUGAAUGUAUAAGACUGUGAACAUGGCUCAUACAUUAUGUCUUUGUGUGUAUUAACACAUUCUAAAAUAUCUUUUGCACAUUUUUUUAGAGGACUUAUAACUCUUGAAAACAUCAUGCAGGUCCAACCAAAUUAAUCAAGUCACAAUCUACACUUCGGUUCAGUCAUGGCGUUGAAUAACGGCCUGAAAAGGGUUUUUGCAGAACAUUAGGAUGUCAUGGUGAAGUUGACCUUUGACCUUUUGGAUAUAAAAUGUCAACACUUCAUCAGUUCAUCCUAUUAGACAUUUGUGUGAAAAUCUUAAUCUUAAUCAUAAUGUGCAUAUGAAUUCUUGAAUUAUGGCCAAAAACAUGUUUUUUGUUGUUCCUGAGAUAUCACCUUCCUGAGAAUGGGACAUCUGUGCGUAAGGACAACCCAAAAACCUAAUGCCUAAUGCCUCUUACUUUAACCAUUAUUUAUUAUCAAAAUUGUUGCAAAUAUAAUCAAUGAAUUAAUUCAAUUAAUGGUUUUAGCUCUGGGUGCAGAAUUCUUAGGUCCGCCAGUAUUUAGAGCUCAGACACACGAAACAAGAAGCACUGUUUUUAUUUUACAGACCCUUUUAAGAACCAGAAGAGCUUGUUUUACAGUCAAUGUGUUUGUUAAACACUGCUGCAGUAAUGAACUGUAUGUACCCCGACCACCAUGUAGUAAUCUUAAAACAACACAGCUGACAGCACUGAACUCUACUCACUGUGCUUGGUGUGUCUUAUUGUAACUUUUUUUCCUUGUUCUUACUGUUGGUGUUUGUUACACUAAAGUGUGUUACAUUUCAGAUGUUGAAUCCUCCUACAAAUGAGUGACUUAAGGAUAAAAAGCAGCAGCUGUUAAGUAUCAGAAGUGACUUGUGAUCUGUGGAUCUGGAGCCUUCUAUCUCUAAGCCACAAAUUACAAGGAAGUGGGAUGUGUGGUUUCCUCUGCAGGGUUGAGGAGUAAUGUCUCUGGGUUGUUUAAAACCACCUCCUGGUACUUCUGUAACAUGUGCUUGGUCUUCUGUAAGAAGAUCCUGAAGAAUACUCCAGAGCCAGGUUGUGACAAGGCACAGCUGCUUUGUAUCGGUGAUGGGUAAUAUCAUCGCUGAGCUUCUCAUUGGAUACAGAUGUACACUAACCCUUCUCACACACAGGACAUUCUUAGGCGAAAUGUUUUCUGUGAUGUGGUCAGUUGGAUGUUGGAGGGCAGUCCAGAACCACGGGCAAAUAUUGCACAGGUAAUUAGUGUAAUAAGAGCAGCAGGGAGAGGCCCAGCUGAGUGCCACACAAUGUCCGAACCCAAAGCAAUGGUGCCUUCCCAAUGCAUUUGAGUCUUGAACCUGCCUCCAAAUUUUUCUGUGCCAGAUAAUUUACCCCUGACAGCACUGUCAAGAGUAAUUACGUUAAAUUUGGCCAUAAGAGGAAAUCAGCUUCAACCACACGGGAUGAAUUGUGAAUCAGGAAUGGCAGAUUUGAUUUGAUUUUUGGUGGACAAAUAUAAAACCUGAUAGGGCACCAAAUCAUUAGCUAAUGUUCCUGUUAGAAGUUGAAAAGUUAAUGGCUUAAAUAUGUGCAUUCCCCUUUAAGCAUCAUGUUCUGUGAUUGGCUCUGUAUGUUUUCUGUAACCCAGAUCAAAGUCAUUACCUUGGAGCAGUGGUUCCCAACCUAGGGAUCGGGUAAAUUGUUAAUGGCCAAGCACCAGGAACAAGAAAACACUGAAUGUCCAAAAAAAGUCUUUCAUCUAUAUGAUUGUUAAAAAAAAAGAAAAAAAUCUGCUCAAAAUUCACCCAAAUCACUCGUUUUACACAAUUUUUUUACA